CGGAGAUAUGCUUUUUCAUCAGCACAUUUGAUUUUCCACAUUAAUGGCAUACAGUAAUAAACAUCUAAGUAUUUAUUGUCGUGUUCGUCUUCAAAGUGACAUUUUAAACCUCAUGUUUGACGAGGACCUUGUUCAACAACGAAAGCAUCUAUAAGUGUCUCUGUCUUUUCAAAUUUUUAUUUUUGUUUUCGUUUUCAUUUUGAAUUAACAUUAAGAGAUUCAAAAAAAAACUCGAAGUGUAGUAGUACCGUAUGUAAGAUAUAACUUCCAGCAAAGAUAUUUUUGUGUGAACAAAUGAAGUGUCGGGCACAAUAAAAGAACGAACGGCGCAGGUAGCAAUCACGGCCUCUUCCCCGGUGUGCGGAGAAGGUGAAGUGCUACAACAGGAAGCAGAAGCAAAGCCUGUAUCUACUCGUUGCGAUGGCAUUUGUAAAAUUUGCGCUCCACUAAUCUGCUACAACCUCAACCUACCAGUGAAAGGAAAUACCGGCACCGGACCUCAGGAACCAGGGGGGGCGUACGCACUGUCAUUGUUUCCUUUAUCGCGUUCCGUUAGUGUGGUGAAACCGAGGCGAAAAACGUCAUCAAGAAGGAAACGGGACCAGGUACUCACUGUCGCUACAGAACACGACUCCUGCUUCGUCCCAGUCGCUGUGACAUUUUUGCGGUCCUUGGCUUUGCUGGCGGGGCACGAGGAAGGGUCGUGCAAGAACCGAAUCGACUUGUUCUACCGUUCUACCGAAAGAAAAAAAUAGAUAAAAAUCGUGGAAAAGAAGAUCGCACCGUACGGCGGGGGGAACCACCGAAGUUUUUGAGCACAAGAAUCCAGACUACACCGAGAAUCCACUCAGCACAAAGUCAAGUAUAAUAUCGAUAUCCGUGCGGUGCGGUGUUCGGAAUAACUUGUUCCGGGACGAGCAGCGGAUUGAUACCGAAGACCGCCGCGACGGCCGCGAGUAAGUACUUCGCAAGACAACAAGAAGAUGGGUGGUCCGAGCACGCUAAAGAACAGAGGCGGCCCAACGUCGCCCUCGAGCCUCGGGAAGUUUAACGCCAACAAAAGCUCGUCCUCCUCAUCGCGUGGCGGAAGCAGAGUAGCCUCCUUGCUCGAGCGGGUGUGCAAUGGCAGUUUUGUCCUGGGAAUGCUCAGCGUGCUGUGCCCAAUCGGGCUCUACCACGCUCCACUGCACCAGGUGAAGCCAUGGGCAAAAAAGAUCGGCGAAAAAGCUGCCUGCAUGCUGUUAGGCAGAAACUGCGACCCCACAGCGAAGUGGCUUCGAAUCGUACCGCAUUCGAAGGACCCUAAGGUACCAAAAUCAACGUCAAUCUUGUUCCUCCCGACUCGUUGCAUGGGCAUUGUUCUCAUGUUCUUCAUGACUUGAUGUUUUUGAAGUUGAGCAGCCUGAGGAUAUCUACACCUUCAAAGCCUUUGAUUUGCAUAUGCAUUUGUGUAGGAAUACAAGAACUCUGAACACAUACAAGUGCUCAUAGAGAACUUGAGUUAGAGGGAGAUACACAGUCACAGCAAAACGAAUGCCUGAGUCUCUACUUCAUCUUCUAAAAACAAAAAUUCUAGAUCGGGAACAUGGCCAAGUGGUUAAAAAACGAGUGUCGAGCAACCGGACUGGACAACGUUUUUAUCGGAGAGUUCCCGAAAGGACCCGAGGGCCAGCUCGUGCGAGGUUUGGGUUUCACUAGAGAUUUGAAAACUAGCCCCCAGUAUAUGUUUCUUUGUGUCCCCCAAAAAGAAAAAUGAGUAGACUGGUGAUCUAGUCCAAGAAACUAGCUGCAUGUUUUGUCGAUUAUGAUUCAAAUUUCUGUCUCAUCUCAUAUCACAGGUUUGGGCUUCUCGAGGGCAAUAAAGAAGGAUACACUAUUCGUAUGUAUACCGAAAAAGUGUUGGCUUGGUGAGCCGAACCUCCCGAAGAGAUAUGCCGCACUGAAGAAAAAACACGCACCGGUAGUUCCUUUUUUCUGCUUAUCAUGGUUUUUUGAUUCAGAAGUGAAGUUACAUGAUGAUGAAGAGAUAGCACCGUUAGUCAGAUAGAAGGCACAUUUUUUUUGGUUUCGUUGUUUUGGUUUUGCUCCUAUAUACUCCGGAUUCUGACUGUGAUGUGUUUGUUCGUGCUGUGCGUGCGCGCCUGUAACUGCUGCGGCCCGGCAAGAUUACACAAGCAUUUUUUGAUGAUGUGUUUUUUUACUCUUUACAGCAAUGCGACACGAUCCAGUAUGUGAUGGCACUGUGGAUGGCGGACGAGUUUCGAAAGGGCGAGAAAAGUUUUUGGAAACCGUAUCUGGAUACGAUCCCAACCAAGUCAGAGUACGAGAUGUACCAUCCGGCCUUCUGGAAGUCCAGCGGAGAGCGUUUCUACAAGCAAUGCGUGGAUGCAAAUGGAGGUACUGACGCUCCACUAGUAUAGUACCUGCCAGCCCUGCCACUAGUAGCCUUCGCACAUCGACUAGAUCCUAGUACAAGUACUUCAUCUCUAUCGUGUAUUUCUAUUCUCUUGAUCUUGAUGAUGAUGUUCAAUCAUGCGUGUCAUUUCUGCUUCACCGGGAACGAACAAAUCAAAAUUUACUACCAGGCAACGCGGCCAACUGCAAGCAGCCAUGGGAUGCCGAAGGAGACGGAUCGCACCUCUGGAACCUAUGGUAUGGAUGGGUGCAGGACUGCUACCAGAAGUAUAAUUCAUCCUAAUCUGCUUAAUUUUGAGAAAAUUGAAAUUCGAAAAAAUCAUUUAGUAGCAAAAAUUCUGGAAUGAAGUUCUCGACCCAUCGUCAUCAAAAGAACGCCGGGUAAUGAAGAAGAAGAUAGUCGGUCCUGCACCAAAAAACUAAGUAUUACAACAUCAAUACGUCGUGUUUUUAUCUACUAUCCUUAGGUAUUCCCAGGAGUUUGACGCCGGGAAUUUCAAGGUUCCCUCCGACGAACCCGGCGCAGAGCUGCUCCAGACGAAGCUGACCCCGGAGGAGGUGAACUUUGGCUACGUGCUGACCAUGACCCGGGAUUUCGAGGGGGUGGGAAACCUCCCGUUGAUCGACAUGCCCAACACGGAGGAGGAAUACAAUUCGCACCAGUACUGGUACGACGAGCGGAAGUCCAUGUUUUGCCUCCUCAACGAGAAGCCGGUGGCCAAGGGGGAAGAAGUCAACGUGAACUACGCCCAGAACACGAAGAACCCCUUCAUGAUGUUCGCGCAGUACGGCUUCGCGUUGGAACCGAAAUACCACUCCGAAUACACCCACUCGACCGCAAGAUGUCAAGGUACCUUCUACGACAGAAUGAUAUUAUACGAAAGAACAGAAAGCACUACUCUUUGCAAUUGCAGCCGAUUAUUUUAAAAAUGUCUACCUUUAUUUCUCUAUGCAAAUCCAAUAUUUUUUUCCAGGUCUACAAGACGGGGACAAGGUGCACGAGCUGCAAAACCCAGUGGCCGAAAAUUUUAGUAAUUUCGCAAAGCGAUAUUGCAGCACGGAAGAGAUGGAACGCAUGAGGGUAGAGGAGUACGGGGAAGGCACCGGGGCCGAAAACGGACCGAACGAUGCAGCUAUGGCCGAUUUGUAGGCCGUGCUCACCUGCACCAACAGGAGGAGUAACGGCACCUCGGACAAACAUAAAUCUAAGCAGUGAUGAAGUAUAAAUGAAAAUAAGCAACAACACUUUCAAACGGUUCCACAUGACCAAUCUCAACAAACAAUCAAUCGACUUGAGCGCUUUUUUCUUCCGUAUGUAUUCAAAUUUUACUUCAAACAAACUCGCAGCAAUGAUUCCAGUUUGACAUCGCGUUUAUCCCUACGAUCAGUCGCAAAGUCGGCCCGGCGCGAGGACAAGAGACGUGUGAUUGCAAAUGCGUCACGUGUGUCAUCUUAAUUUAUGCGAUUGGAUAAUAUCAUUGGCUGGACGAGUGGUCAGGGUUACCGUACAGUUCUCUCAUUUUUCGAGUAGGAGUAAUUUUUCACACUACAAGUACAACAUCUAGCUUCUCGCUGCUGCACCGUCCAAAGUUGAUACGGUUAGUUAUGCGGGGAUUCGCUAAUUUGUUUUUCUAUUUCUAGUAUAGCGACCACAUUUCCAAGAAAUACUGACUCUCUACCCCUACAACAACCAAUUCCAAUGGAAGAUCACAUCCGCCGACAAUGUUGCAUGCUGUGUGAUUUUUCAACAAAGAAAAAACUAAGCAGCAUAGUGACUAAGCAGCGUGUUGGCAAUACUACUUCUACGUGGCUGUUUUGUACACGAGAUCAGAUCUGCUUCUCAAAAAGUUUUUUCUCAGACUAGCCGCGACGAGGUGCACGACCGAGGGAAGAAGGUAGGGAACUCGUUGCUGCUACAGCGGAGCUGCCCACUCUAGUAUGUACUGCGACUAGAUUAAACUUCUCGUAUCAUCUACUGAGGACCCUCAAUGUGGAAAAUUGAAGAAAUUCAUUUCAUACAUGAUACAGGUGUCAACGAAUGUAUAAGUAUCAUACUUUUUGACGAGCAGGAUCAUGUUAACAAAAUGAAUAUCGACACGAACACCGACGAUCCCGCAAUACUAGUGCAGGUACUCCACAACCGAGUAGUAAUUGGCUCUCGAGCGGUAAAGCCAAAAGCUGGCGCUGCAUCAACCGCAACCGCUAGCAUGAUAUGAGCCUCGAUUUCCGGUACGAGUAUGAUCGGCAUGGAUAAUGUAGCAUCAAACAUGAGCCGCAACUGCCCAGCAGCUUUUCCGAAUCUAAAUUGCCACGUCGCUAAACCUUCAGGAAGAUUUUUUGUUUUCACCAUCAAGCCGCUCGCAAUGAGUCACGAUAUCAAAAAGCGUCGUCAGCACUCAUUCACUCCAGCGCGAUCUCUUCUUGUUUUCGGCUCCAGGUCAGGACCACAUUGCGGAGCUCCCCCGCAGCAUAGCGCUUGCGCGAUGUUCAUCUCUUGUGAUUAUGUUGUAUUUUUGAUGACAAUGACAUACAUAGAAAUAGAAUUAGACCGUGAAUAUCU